AUGGAGUCGUCUGUGAAAGGUCAGCUGACGGGAUGCGAUCCAAAUCCGUGUCGGAACGGCGGCGAGUGCACGAAUGGUGUCUGCCAGUGUCCGCUGGGCUUCGAGGGCGACCUGUGCGAGACCGACGUCGACGACUGCGCCGACAAUCCGUGCCAACACGGCGGAACGUGCGUCGACGGCGUCAACGCGUUCACGUGCAAGUGCUUUCCCAGUUUCUUCGGCGCCAACUGCACGGAAUCGGACUGCUGUUACUUGAAUCCGUGUAGGAACAACGGCACCUGCGUCGACGGCCUGGACAACUACAUGUGUGUGUGUCCGCCUGGAUACGAGGGAGACAACUGCGAGCGGGAGAUCGACGAGUGUCUGUCUAAUCCAUGUCGAAACGGCGGAAUCUGCAUCGACGCCGUCGACUCGUUUACGUGCGACUGCGGAACGCGCGGGUUUGACGGUGGUCGGAAAGAUGUGUGUAGGAAUUCCAGCGGAUGCGAUCCCAAUCCGUGCCGCAACGGCGCCACGUGUAACGAUUUGGGAAACGACAGCUAUGUUUGCCAAUGCACGGCUGACUAUAUGGGAUCACUGUGCAGCAAUGUUUCGCGCGAUCUCUACAGUUUUGGCGUUUCGCAGAUGGACGUGCAAGCGGCAGCGAGUGAUGACGGAGUAUUCGGUCCGGUUCGAAUCGAUUUGAACUGCUUUCCUUACGGAUCAAAACGACACACAUCAUUUUAUGUCUCUACCAACGGUCUCUUAUCAUUCGAUCGUCCGUUUGCAAGCAUUUCGCCGUCUUUCUUUCCUGCGUCGACACAGACGUCCGUCGUGGCUCCAUUCUGGGCGGACUUCGAUACACGCAAAGGAGGAGAGAUAUUCUAUCACGUCUACACCGAUCCGUCCUCUUCGUACCUACAGCGGGCGACACGCGACGUGCGCAACGCUACGGCAACCGAACCGAGCGAAGCGAGUGACUUUACGGCGACUUGGGUUCUAGUUGCGACUUGGCAUCGCGUGGCUACGUACGCUAGUCGUACCGGUGAUGGGCACAACACGUUUCAAGUUGUCGUGGCGACGGACGGUGUCGUUACGUUUGCUCUGAUGAAUUAUCUACAAGACGGUCUCCGUUGGAGCGAUUUGAGUGCGGCAGCGGCCCCUGCCGUCGGUUUCACGACCGACGACGGAUCGCACUUUGUCAAUCACUUUCUGUCGAAGAGUUCGAGCGUCGUCAGUCUAGCGGGGCAGAGGCUUUUGUAUCCGUUGAGUCUCACUGGUUCGUGUCCCGAGAAUCGGAAGAAACGAUGCGUGAUGUGGUAUGAAGAAGAUAUCGACGUUCAUGGCUGUUCGCGACCGUUCUGGACGGAAUUUCUUCUGCCGUGUCCGUUCGCGCUUUCGCAGAUAAGGAACGAUUUUCGUUUCCAGUUUUACGGACGUCGGAGUGGACUGACGUGCUUCGUGUCUGGUGUGGCGAGAUCGUUCGGUGUGCAAACGGAGUGUUGUUAUGAGUCGGAUGAGUCAUUCGGUGGAGUGCUGAGACUCGGUCCGCCGUCUGGAGGAUCCGCGAACCGACACGAUUCGAGGCUUUAUCCGGGUCUUCAUAAAGAAUUAGACGUGAGCCCGUAUGAUGACUGCUGCGUCUACUCGGACGAGUGUCACUUGUAUUACGAGAGGAGACCAUCCACGGAAUCGCAGAACUACGUUCCUCCUACAUGGGAGGGUUGGAUGCUGGGCGAUCCUCACUUUCGUACACUGGAUGGAGUGGAAUACACAUUCAAUGGUCUGGGCGAAUACAUGUUGGUGAAGACGUCAGAGAACGAUUUCGUGCUGCAAGGACGCACGAUGCUAGUUGAGGGUUCCGCCGCUACCGCAUUCUCUGCCGUCGUUGCCGCUCAGUUUAGGAAAUCGGAUGACUUCACUCGCGCUCAAUUGGCGUCAAGUGCCGUACACGUAGAACUGACGCGUGGCAAUGGUCUGUCUGUGUGGGUCUGCUGCUAUGGUAACACGCGGGGUCUUUCCGACAUUUUACCGUUUACGAGUUAUGUUGCUAGCGGAUGGCGUCAUAUAUCCGAUCUGUUUUCACGCUUGACGGAGACUGAAAUGAUUGCUCUAGACGGCGCGUCGCUCUCUCGGCCUGAUAACGAGACUCUCGUGGCCAGAUUCGCUUCCGGAAUGUCGGUGCGAGUCGACGUUAAGAGCCGCAGUCUGGCUGUUAUUUGGGCGGCACCGGACAGGUUUAAAGGAGGAACGAGAGGUUUGCUGGGAGUGUGGGACGAUGAUGAGAGCAACGACUUUACUGGGAGAAACGGAGAGUCUAUCUCUAUCGACUCUAGAGAUCGUCAGAUACACGAUCUGUCACAAACCUGGCAGCUGACACCUUCGGAGUCUCUAUUUCACUACGAAAGCGGACAAAACGGUGCCAGCUUUUCUAUCCUCGGUCACGUGCCUUCUUUUCUGGACGAAAUCGAGGAUCGAUAUACGGAGGAGGAGAAAGCAGCAUGCGACAACGACAAAUUCUGUUUGUACGACGCACACGAGUCGCACAACAUUAGCGUCGGUACAGAAACACUUGCCACGCGAUCUCAAUUCCUCAAAUCGUUGAACCAACUUGGUAAUUUGCCGCCAGUAAUGGAAGGUGGCGACGUCAUCAAGGCAACGGUAGGCGUGGAGACGGUAUACAACUUUAAUGUGUCCGACGACGGCGCAGAAAAUGUCAUUAUGGAAGGAGUUCUUCCUUCCAGUGCCUCACUAGAACGUGUCGGAAACAGCUUCGCGUUUACUUGGAGGCCGACGUCGUUUGCGUCCGUUAGUAUUCACUUCGUGGCCCGCAACAGUUUGGGUCUGACGAGUCAACUGCAUCCGCUUGUUCGCUUGUGUGCGUGUAAUUUGGACGGGAAAGCGUCGUGCGUGCCGGCGCCGGGGGACGGCGGUGAGGCGAGGUUCCUUCUUGAUGAUUGCCUAUGCGGGAUGGGAUGGGAAGGACGCUUUUGUUGUAUUGACAUUGACGGCUGUUUGGCCUCGAACUGUUAUCCGAAUACAGCUUGUAUUGAUCGACUGGCUCCCGAUCUCGGAUUCGACUGCGGAGAAUGUCCGACGGGAUACGAACGCGACGGAGACAAAUGUCGAGUCUGCGAAGUGAGAGCACCAUACAGAUAA